CACCCGUUCGCGACGAAACCCAGUCCAAAUCAGUUACGAUCGGCAUUAUAUAGUUCCUAACAUGGUAAUGGUCAUCGCUUUCGCCAUGUAGGCGAAUGUUUACUGUCACUAUGCCUCGCUGCCGACACUGCCAUGGGUUCGCCACAAGUGGGAGUAAUCCUCCGAUUAGCACCGCCGAUGAAUAAAGGAUGUUCGACAGCCGCAGAGCGAUGCGUGAACGCUGUUUGUCCCACCAGCCAUUGAUUUUGUGUGUGAUUUCAUAUCCAAGUUGAUGGCUGGACUUGUGCUUUAAUCUUCUCCUACCUCCAACACAUAGAUUUCACCAUAACUGGGUCUGAUCAGCUCCUUGGAGAACACUCCAUACAUUGCCCCAAGCAAUGGUUGAAAGCAGGCAGACUCAGGCUCUCACUGUGACGGUUGUGUUCCCUGUACUGGCAGCCCUCUUCGUUGCAGGCAGAACAUAUUCAAGAUACCUGGGCCAGAAUUUCGGAUGGGACGAUUGGCUUAUACUACUCUCCUUUGUACUUUUGAUUGGACAAACGAUCACGAUCUACCAGUUCAUUCUCCUUAGUGGAACUGGUUUUCAUGUUUAUGACCUCCCAAAGCCAACCGUGGCAGGACAAAUCUUAGCUGCGAAAUGGAGUUUCGCCGUUCAGUUGUUCUAUCACCCGCUGAUGGGAGCCAUUCGUGCUUCGAUUAUCAUGUUUCUAUUCCGAGUCAAAGAUCGGCGUCUUCUUGUAAGAGUGGCGCUCCACAUCGUCUUCUGGAUCAAUGCUGGCUACAUGAUCUCGACUUCGAUUGUAAACGUUUUCCAAUGCACCCCCAUCCGAUAUGCCUACCUCAGGGCAGAAAUGGAUCACAAGGACGAGAACGGUAAUCGCAUUGCGGGUGGUAAAUGCAUCAAUUCGCUCGUUUUCAUCCUCUCCAGCUGCUCUUUGAGCAUCUUCAUGGACCUAAUCAUCAUUCCUAUACCUACCGCCAUGGUCUGGAACCUUCAAAUGCGUUUCAAAACAAAGAUGGCUGUCGUGGUAAUCAUGAGCAUGGGUUGGAUCGCAACCGCCGUCUCCGUCGUUCGUUUUGUCAUCUAUUACUAUCGAUUCUCUCCCUCCAACAAAGACAGGACCUGGGAUAUCGGUGUGGUCAUAUCCAUCGUCGAACCAGCCGUCGGUAUUAUCGCAGCAUGCGCACCAGCGAUGAAACGACUCUUCCGCCACAUAAUGCCUCGUUACUUCUCCGAUUACAACACAUCAUACCAAACCCGUACUCAGACGUAUGGAAAAAAUACUGCACCGCGACCGUCUCUCAAUUACAGUAAUUUGCCGGGCAUGGACGGAGACCCGGAGAAUACGACCUACGUUGCAACUGCGAAUGGAAGGAUCAUCGCAGUUUCGGACAAGCAGGAUAGCUACGGUUUGAAACGCCUGAACAGCGUGGACUCUACGGCAAAAAUAGUUGGCCAUCCCCCUUCGGUCACUCGGGAACGAGCACGAAGUACAAAGACAGGCCAUACCGAGUAUAGCGAGUACGAAGGAGCGUUACCACAAUACCCGGAACAUGUGCUAGGCUACAAAAGCUGAGUUGUUUUUCCUAUCGUUUAUGGCAUUGGUUUUGCAUUAGCGUUUCAUACUGUUAGAUACCCUUCCUUAGGUUAAAAUACCCUCAAGUAAUCUGAU